AACGCUGGUCUGAGUCCUUCGAGUAUCCAUGAUGAAGUCGUGAAUCAUCGGGCGAGUACAGCGUCGUCCAAUGAUCUGGCAAUGAUCGACUCCAACACUUCUCCGGUCGAAUACUGGGCUCCUACAGUAACGCCAUAUCAACUGCCGACUACGAGCACGGGCACCAACCAUGACUGGAUUUCUAACGACGACAUACAAGGGACUUCCGCAUUGUCAACGUCGAUACCUGUAUUACAGCAAACUCUGGAUGCUCCCGAGUUCUUGCUACCGAGUUUGCCCGUUGAGUCACCCACUGGCGAGUCGUUCAAUCUNUUUUCCGCUAUACAGGAGCAAGAUCUAUCACCCGUCAUAGAAGCCGUCGAAAUCUGGCCCAAGACCAUCAGUCAAGAGGCCCUUCUACCUUGGAUUGAUAUCUACUUCAAACGCUUACAUCCGACCGUACCUGUUCUGAGCCGGACGAUGAUCUACCAAGAGAUGCUUCUCAGGACUCAUCAUCACAAUCCUCAAUUUGGCGCCAUGCUUCUUGCGCUCUGUGCAUUUGCCAUGACUCAGCCCGUGCAGAUCCAUGAAGUUGCCUCCACGCCUUCGCGAUCUGUUCAAGCUCGAAUGUUGUUGGAAGAAUCCAUCAAGAUGAGGAUGACGGUCGACUUUGGUGAGAACCCGUCAGUCUACAUGAUUCUGACCAGUUUCUUCAUCUUUGCCUGCCUGUUUGGAAACGGACAGCACAAGGCAGCGCAUCAUCGACUCCGAGAGGCUGUUGACCUUGCUAAUUCUUUGUCCAUGCACUUGCCCCAAGCGUAUGACAGCCUGGAUCUUGAGACGCGAGAGCAAUGGCUACGGACUUAUCUGGUUCUAUCAGUGACAGAGAGAGCAUAUGCAUUACAAAAGCGUCAUUCUAUUGGCUUCCGGGGGAGCCCCGCUGUGAAUGCUUAUUUCAUGCGUGCCUUCGGAUCGUCUGCGUCCUCCAUGAACCAAGAUCAAACAGAUACGAUCGGUAUGACAGGUCUGCUCUACCUGAUGGAGACCUUCGACGCCAUCGACGAAAGUGUUGUAGAAUGCUGGGCUGGUUACUGCAAAUAUAGUGACGGUCGUUGCGAGACUUUUGAUCGGCGACAAGCAAUCCGAAUGUUUCGAGCUCAACGGCGAGCUCGUGAAGGCUGCCUCAUUGGCUGUCUAUCCUUCGAGCCAUCAACCUCGCUGUUGCCGUUGCAACAGCUCCUCGAGAGUCAACAAGCGGAUAUAUCUGUGACUCAAUUCUGGCUGACGAAUCGACUGUGGGAGCUCUGUAUGUCCCAUGGCUUACUCCUCGACUCUUCUGAUCACGCCGAAUUGCGGUUCGACUUUGCAUAUCACAUCGCGAAUGAGCUACUCUCGACCUGCGACGUUCUGAAUCUGGCUUCGAUGGAAGUCCAUGGAGUCGGCUUGAUCGAGAAAGUGUACGAUAUUGCUAUGAGUGUUGUCAAAGCAAUGAAUUCUUCAUCGCAGAUGACACUCGACUCCAGCUUUCACAAGCUCGAUGUCUUGACUGAUGGGUCUUCGGAUUCAUGCCCAACAGUACGAGUUCUCUUACAGCGACUACAUAAGCUUAUUCAGGACUUCCGAGGUGGCGAUCAUGAGUAUGCAACCAAGAUUGCGAUCGCCUUGAAUAAUAUACCCGAAUACAAUGCUUCGAUGCAAGGAAGCGAACAACUCUUGGCUACAUCUCGGGUACGGAUUUAG